AUAUGAUUUUUACUAAUCCAAGACCAAAAGUUUCUAUACCCACUUCUUUACCUUUAGCAUGCCAAUCUACUGUGAACUCUGUUGCACCUAGAGUUGCAGUGCACCAUAAUAGUCAAAUUAGUGAAACUGGUGAAACUAGUGAAACGGUGUUAUUGGUGAUAUUGGUAAAACUGGUGGUGUUGGUGAAACUAGUGGUAUUGGUAAAACUGGUGACAUUGGUGAAACUGACAAGUUUGAAUAUUUGUUUAGAG